UUGGAAAAUACCCCGAACCCUUUACAUCCCUAAUCCUAGACGAACUCCUGCGAGAUGCAUCGCUGAUUCAUAAAGACAAUCUUCGCGGCACGCAAAAGGAACAUAAUUAAAAUGUCGAACUCAGAUGAGCAAACCCUAAAGGAAGAUCGCAGACCCAUCGAUCAAAACCCUAAUCAAUCCCAAGAAUGGGAGACCAUGGCCCGAGCUUGGCUCGGCGCAUUCCCCGAGGCCAAAGCCGUUAGCACCACAGAGGUCGAGGCUUGGAUCGACUCUAACCGUGGCUCUUUACCGGCUGACCUACAGUCCAUGCCCCGAGCUGACCUCAUUGAUCGCCUCCUUGCAAUUCAAAAUUACAUGAGGUUGCCCGAUCAGCAGGUAGCAAAACUGAAUCAGGUCGAUCUUCCACAUGCUCGAUUUCAACGGACGGAUCAAUGGCUACCUGUUUAUUCCUGGUUGGAAUCUUUAGAUAAAGAUGAGGUGGUCAAGUCUAAAGAUAUUUCUGACUGGUUAACUGAAAAUCCAGAUGUUAAAGAACAGCUAUGCUCCAGACAUUCUCGAUACCAUUUGAUGCACUACAUUAAAAAGUGUCAUAUGAAGAUACUAAAGAGGAGGGAAAGGAAGAAGGGAUUGCAGCAGCAGACUGACAAACCAACCUCUCCAAAAGUUCAGAAGAUUGCGGAUACUAAGGAAUUAUCAUCUCUUCCAAGCAAUCCUUUGAACAAUAUACCUAAGGAUAGUGACUUGUACUUCGCCAAACGAAAUGAGGCGCUUCAAAAGUAUCAUAUUUUAUUGGAGUUGGAGAAGAAGCUUUCCCCACACUUUUCAAAGCGACAGGGCGUGCAGAAAUGAAGCAAUGAGCAAUGUUCAAUGGCAAUUUUCUGCAGAGAUAGAUGUGAAUCAGCUUGGAUGGGGCAAAUUUUUCUUCUUUGUUGUUUCCCAUCUUUUCCCCUCUUCAGCCACUAAUAUGAUUUUCUUUUUUUAAUUUUUUGUAAAUAACUGACCGAGAGUGGUUCCCUUGAAUGUACCGCAAGUUUUUAAAGAGUCAAUGUAUUUCUGAUCUCCUCAUCA